AUGUCGGCGCGAAACCCAGAGCUGCGGCGUCAGGUCGUAGCCAUUUACAAAGAGCUCCUCUACCUCGGUCGAGACUAUCCGCAAGGCUUUUCCUAUUUUCGGCCACGACUCCACAAGGCCUUCAUGGCUAACGCCCACCUACAAGACGAGGAUGCUAUACGAAGUGCUAUUGCGAAGGCGGACUACGUUAGGAAAGAAGAAUCUGUAGGCUAA